AUGGGGGCCGGGGCAGGCUCCGGGCGGGGGCAGCUCUUCCUCCACACCCUCCUCUUCCUCCUGUUGGCCGGGCCCCCGGCGCGGGGGCAGCUGCGCUACACCGUGCCGGAGGAGCUGGAGCACGGAGCCUUCGUGGCCAACCUGGGUGAGGACCUGGGACUGGAUGUGUCCACGCUGUCAGCGCGGAGGUUCCGCAUCGUGUCACGGGCCGGGGCCAGGCAGCACCUGGAGGUGAACCUGGAGAACGGGAUCCUCUUCGUGAACGAGCGGAUUGACCGGGAGGAGGUGUGCGAGGCCGGGGGGACCUGCCUGCUUCACCUGCAGCUCCUCGUCGAGAGCCCUCUGGAGCUCUACCGCGUCGAGGUGGAGGUGCUGGACAUCAACGACCACGCACCCACCUUCCCUUGGCAAGAAUACGUGCUGGAGGUGGCCGAGUCUGCCGUGCUCGGUGCUCGCUUCCCACUGGAGAGCGCCCAGGAUCCUGACGUGGGCACCAACUCUGUGCACACCUACCGCCUCAGCCCCAAUGGCUUCUUCUCACUCGAGGUGCAGACACGCAGCGAUGCCAGCAAGUUUGCAGAGCUCGUGCUGGAGCGUGCCCUCGACCGUGAGCAGCAGCGCGUGCACCGGGUGCUGCUCACGGCUCUGGACGGCGGCAUCCCGGAGCGCUCGGGCACAGCACACAUCCUCGUCACGGUGCUGGACGCCAACGACAACGUGCCUGCCUUCGACCAGCCCUCCUACGGUGUGAGCCUUCCUGAGGAUGCUCCCGCUGGCACUCUGGUCAUCCAGCUCAAUGCCACUGACCUGGAUGAGGGCCCCAACGGGGAGAUCGAGUACUCCUUCAGUGGGCACGCACCGCCUCGCGUCCGGGAGCUCUUCCACGUAGAGCCCCGCAGUGGGCAGGUGCUGCUGAAGGGCCGCCUGGACUACGAGCGGGCCAGCAUCCAUGAGCUCUACGUGCAAGCCAAGGACCGCGGGCCCUCAGCUGUGGCUGUGCACUGCAGGGUGCUUGUGCACCUCCUCGAUGUCAAUGAUAAUGCGCCAGAGGUGACGCUCACCUCCGUGUCCACACCCGUGCUGGAGGAUGCCCCCCCAGGCACUGUGAUCGCUGUCAUCAGCGUUCUGGACCGGGACUCCGGCGACAACGGGCGUGUGAGCUGCGAGAUCAGCCCCAAUGUGCCAUUCGAGCUCCGCUCCUCCUUCCGGAACUACUACACGCUGGUCACCACGCAAGCGCUGGACCGGGAGGUUGUGCCUGAGUACAACGUCAGCAUCACGGCGCGGGACAUGGGCUCGCCUGCGCUGCUGACCCGCAGCACCCUCACCAUCCCCGUGUCUGAUGUGAACGACAACGCCCCGCGCUUCCUCCAGCCCUCCUACAGUGUCUAUGUGAUGGAGAACAACGCACCGGGUGCCUCCAUCUGCUCCGUCAGUGCAUUAGACCCUGACUGCCAACAGAACGCCUACCUGUCCUAUUCCAUUGCCGAUGGGCACAUCCAUGGCAUGCCCGUGGGCACCUACGUGUCCAUUAACUCGGACAGCGGGCACAUGUACGCGCUGCGCUCCCUCGACUAUGAGCAGAUCCGCAGCUUCCAGAUCCAGGUGCAAGCACAGGACGCGGGGUUUCCCCCACUCAGUGCCAACGUCACGGUCCACAUCUUUGUGCUGGACCAGAAUGACAACGCUCCGGUCAUCGUUUCCCCCAUGCCGCGCAACGGCUCCGUUGCCACCGAGCUGGUGCCGCGAUCGGCCCGGCCUGGCUACCUCGUGGGCACGGUGUCGGCGGUGGACGCGGAUGCGGGGCUGAACUCUCGCCUCUCCUACCAGCUCCUCCAGGCUACCGACUUCACUCUCUUCAGCGUGGCGCCCGACACGGGCGAGCUGCGCACCCUCCGCUCCUUUCUGGAGCAGGAUGCGAGCCGGCAGCAGCUGGUGGUGCAGGUGCGGGAUGGAGGGCAGCCAGCCCUCUCUGCCACCGUGUCUCUCCUGCUUUCGGUGGUGGAGACCAUGCCACAGACUCUCUCCGACUUCAGCGAGUUCAGCCUCCCUCCAGAGGUCUCCUCAUCUUCUCCACUCAGCCUCUAUCUCCUCGUCUCCCUGGGCUCCAUCUCCUUUACCUUCCUCCUCGCCAUCCUCAUUCUCACGGCCAUUCGCUGCCGCGGAGAGCGGCGCUCCCGCCAAGGGGACAGCUGCUCGCCGCCUCGCUGCCACUGCUGUCCCGGGUCCAGACCUUCCUCUGAUGGCUUGAAGACUUCCAACCUGACGGCACAGCCCCCUGCAGGGACCACGGCUGCCACCUGCCUUGAUGUGCCUGGGGGCGGCCCCCCAGGCUACUGCUACAAGGUCUGCCUUGGUCCCGAGUCUGCUCAGAGCGACUUCAUGUUCCUCAAACCCUGCAGCCCCCCCCGAAACAACGUGAAGGACCCCGGGAAGAAAUCCCGGCCCGAGCAGCAUCUCCAGGUCUCCAAAGAGGCCAAGCAGCCCAACACAGACUGGCUGCCUCCAAGCACACAGCGAGCUGCCCUGAAAAGCUCCCAGAGCCUGGAAGAUGUGGGGGAAAUCCAUCGGGCCCUCCAGAAGGAGCACGAGAGGCUGUGCACACUGGUGACCCCUGUCUCUGAGUUUCAGAAGGCUUCAGCAGGUCCCAACAGCAUCUGGACACCCCAGUACAGCCCCUUGUACCCAGCCCUGGAUUAUCAGCACAACGUUUACAUCCCAGGCACUCCCACUCUGCUUUCCAGCAAGGAUGGGCCCCUCUUCCCAGGCCGGGAGAACAAAAACAGCUUCUCCACAUUUGGCAAGAGGAAGAAGAUGACAACUUACUGUGAUACGCAUGACAGUGUGGUUAUCAACAAUGCCCUGAAAUAGCCUGGAUGGCUCUAUCCUUGGAAUCUUGUGCAUUAUUUCAGCUGCCAGGUCCACCCACAGCACACACCUCCAUGUAUGGACCACUCAAGACUUUUUGGGACUGCUGGGAGAGUGGCUCAACAGAGCAUGU